UAUUAAAUCAAUUAAGAUAAUCAAAGUUAAUUAAUUGUAUGCAAUAUAGAUAGAAAAAGGAUGUUUGGUUUGACGUGUGGAUGUUUUUCAAGUUUUUAGAUUAGCAAGAUAGAUGUCAAGAUACAGCCUUUUCUUAUUUUUAGCUUCUAAUAGCAAUCUAAUUAAUAGAUGCACACUUAACUAUCUAAUACAUUAAAUGAGCAGGGAAAUUCUUAAAGUCCUGUACUUGAUUCCCUCGCUAAUUAAGCAAGCAUAACUAAUUCAUAAAAUCUAUAAUCAAAUUGUUCUACGAUUGCUCCUUGCCCAGCAGCGUUCAACAACGAAAUAAUGAGCAACUACACAUUGCAAUUUAAUAUACAAAUAACUAAUUCUUAAAUUCAAUAAAAUAACGAUUUUCUUUACAUAGUACCUGAAAAGGCUCCUCUUUCAUCUUGUUUAUCUGAAAUUAAUCCUCGCUACAAAAUCAGAAUUGAAGCUAGUGGUUAAGACUCAACAAUAGGAAGUGCCAAAUAUGCUAUCUAAAAUCUAGCACUAAACGAAAUAUACAAAAUAUAUUAUGCAAGAAGAAGUAAAGAUGACAAGUUAGAAGCACUGCACACAACUAAAAAAUUUAAAUUAAUUUUAAGAACGAAAACGCAAUCAACUCCUAAGAGUUUGACAAACAAUAACAAAAGCAGUAAGAGUCUUUUUGCUUAAAACGAGAACAUGAACUUAUCAAAUGUGAAUACUUCUGCAUUAUAUUUAGAAGUAGUUUAAGUCUUCGAAGGUGAUCCUGAUUUCUAUAGAGAAAACUUUGACUAUGAAAUGAAGAUUUUAAUGUAUACUCCUUAAAACAAAUCAAAAUACAAUCGAUUAGAUACAACACCUCAAACAGCGCCUUUUUAGAUCACCUAUAACUAAACUUAAGAAACAUUUUCUAAAGCUUUAAAUGGAAAUUUUCAAGAUGUGAACAAGAAUAUUAAAAAUUAAUCAGAAGGAAACUCUAAUUUUGAAACAUGCUGCAACUCACUUUACUAAACAAAUAUAAUAGACAACUAAAUAUAGUAAUAACAACAUUUGAAAUCUUAUUUUUAUCAAAAUCAAAAUCAUUUUGGUAAUGAGAAAUAAUAAUCUAUUUUAACAAGAACUAACAAUGAUAAUUCUUAAAAUGUCAAUAAUUAUUUAACAGCAAAUAAUAAUUAUGAAUAUGUUAAAAAUAAUCCUUAAUACAAUAGUAAUUCAUAAAAUUUCAAUAACCACGCUUUGAUCUCUUCUGAUAAUAAUUAUUCUUAAAUUUCAAAUAAUAAAAAUUAGCAAUUUUAAUUUACAAAUAAUGAUCAAUCUUAAAUUGUAAAUAAUCUAAACUCAUAAUUUUUAAAUAAUUAUAAUACUUAAAUGAAUAGCAACAUUGCUAAUUCGCAUAUAAUCAGUAGUCUUAAUUAUCAAUCUGUAAACAAUAGCAAUGAAAAUAGCUAAAAUAAAGGGAAUUUAUAAAAUGCUUAAAAUUUGAGUAAUUUAAACUCAAAAUGCCACAGUGGAUAAAAGUUAAAUAUACAAAAUGCUUAGAUAGACGAAACAUUUAUAAUAGAUGACUCUAAAUUUAAUGAUUAUGCAGCUCAUAUGAACAAUUUAUUGAAAUAAAAAAUAGAAUAAGAUAAUUUAUGCUAAGAUUAUAAAAAGAAUAAAUAAUAGAAUUAGGAGAACAUUCCAAACAAUAUAAAUUGUUCCUAACAAUUAACUUUAACAAAGAAAUAAGUUAUGCAAAAGUAAAAGGGGAAAACAAUAUCUAAUUACAACUCUGAGGAAGUUAUGAAAAAGUAAAUGAAAGAAAAUCUAAAUAGUAAUAAAAUGAUCAUUCAAUCUGCCCCAAAAUAAAAUAUAGAAAACAAAAAAGGAAAUAACUCUACUUCUAAAAUAAUUACAAGCUAGAGCAGCAACAAAAAUAUUUAACUCAAUAAAAAUUAGGCAUUCAUUUAUAAUUCUUAAUGUAGUAACAAUAAUAUCACUCCUUAGAGUCUUUCUAAAAAAAGUUCUAACAAUUAAUUUACAGCUAAUGAAAAUAAUAACCAGAAUAACUCCUAUCUUAGCAAUCAGAAAGCUUUAUAUAGAAGCUAUAAAGAAUCAUCAUAGAGUUAAAUAAAUUGCAAUAAAUUCAUAAUGUAAACACCUUGUAAAAAUACUUCUGUUAGCUAAGUAAAUACAAAUUAUAAACCAGUUACACCUGCAGGCGUUAAGUCUGUUUCUCAUUCUGGAAACAUUCCAAGAGUUAAAAUAGACUUUCAAUCAUCCAACAACAGUAACAAUUUGAACAACCAAAGUUAAGGUUCUUUUAGCUAAUUUGGCAAACUCAUUAAAAGCCAAAAGAAAUAAUCUUUUUUAAGCUCUAAAAAGACAUCACUAACAAAUACUCCCAAAAGCUCAGAAUAAAAAUUACACUUGAGAUUCGAAAAUGAUAUCAACAGAAUGAUGGUUUAAUAAAAAGUUUAAAGCACUUAAGAAAUGAUGUAUAAAAACCUUUUAAAUCAGUAAAUAAAUACAGAAGCAAUCUAAAAAAACGAAAUAAACAUUUUAGAUAUCUAAAAUAUUGCCUCAUCUCCUCAAUAGAAACUAGAUGCAGAUGGAGAAAAUACUCCUGUUGAACAAAAAUUAUUUACAGUAGAAGAAGCUAAUUCGCCUUUUGAAACUUCAAUCAAUAGAUUUUAUACUUAAAAAUCGUCUCCCUCUAAAUACAAAUUAACAUAGACUGAAUUUAACAGAAUAGAUGAGUGUGAGGAAUACAAUAAUACACAGUACACAAACAGUGAUCUUAAGAGAAUUAAAUAUCAGUUAAAAUAAUUUAGAAAUGACUAGGAAUCAAAUUCAUCUUCAAGUCAGAACUUGAAAACCUACGAGUUUUACUAAAACUCUCCAUUUAAUCCAGAUUAUACAAAAAUAUCUUAGAAUAAAUCAAGUCAAAAUAUAAAUACUAUGCCUUUGUCAAGGAGAGAAAAGACUAUCUUAUACAUGAUUCCUGUCUAUGAAUAUAAAAUGGAGAAACUAGGAUUUAACUUUACUUAUAACCCAGAAACAAAGAACAUUAUCAUACAGAAAAAGGAAACUAGCUCAAACUAACACUUAUAAUAAAGUGUUUUUAAAAUAGAUGAGCGCAUAAAAACUGAUUAAUUAACUAAUUAUUUUGAAGAUAUUUGUGCAAAUAUUAAAUACUAAACAAUAGAUUGA